CAAUAGAAAUAAUCAAUUGAUUGGGUAAAAUCAACCUAAAAGUAGAUUGUGUUUGAGAUAAGCCCAAUAUCUGGGCCAAUAAUAUUAUUUAAAGGCCCAUAAGAAAACAUAAAAAGCCCAAAACGAAACACAGCGUAUAUUGCUUUGCUUGCAUAAAAGAGCUCUCUAUCUCUCUCAACAGUCAACAAUGGCGGUCGGAAGAAUCUUGUGAAAUUCCGAUUCCGAUUUUGAGCCAAAGGAAGCCGGAGAAAGAAAAUAUGUCGGGUAUGGGUGACGGCUACGUUGGUACGGCUCAAGAUGCGGUGAGGAUACGGCGGCUUCAGAAGCAAAGAGAGGCCGAGCGCAAAAAAAUCCAAGACCUCAAGAGCAAGUCUGCUUCCGGCAAAGACCAAUCUGGUCUUCUCCAAUUCGGCACCAGCUCUUGCGAGAUUCUUGACACUGCUUUCAAGAAGGAAACAGUGGGUUUAGUUACAAGAGAGGAGUAUGUGGAGAAGAGGGUUAAUAUUCGUAAUAAGUUCGAGGAAGAAGAGAAGGAGAAACUGCAGAAGCUACAGCAAGAGGAAGAGGAGUUGCAGCUAGAGAAGCGUAACAAGAAGAGAAAGAUUAAGGGAUCUUCCCGCCUAUCUUUUGCUGAAGAUUUUGAGAAUGGCAGUGAUGAAGAUGAUGGAGAAAACAAGAGUUCUGGGACAGUGAACUUACGCUGCGGAAAACUUGGCAAGGACCCCUCAGUGGAAACUAAUUUCCUGCCUGACAGUGAGCGGGAGGCUGAAGAACAAGCUGAACGUGAAAGGCUUAAAAAGCAGUGGCUUCGUGAACAAGAGCAGAUUAAAAACGAGCCUCUUGAGAUUACUUACAGUUACUGGGAUGGGACUGGCCAUAGACGAGUUAUCCAGGUCCGCAAGGGUGACCCAAUUGGGAAUUUUCUACGGGCUGUUCAGCAGCAGCUUGCCCCUGACUUCCGGGAGAUUCGGACGGCAUCAGUUGAGAAUUUGUUAUAUGUGAAGGAAGAUCUUAUUAUCCCACAUCAACACAGUUUCUAUGAGCUGAUCAUUAACAAAGCUAGGGGGAAGAGUGGGCCGCUGUUUCACUUUGAUGUGCAUGAAGACGUGAGAACAAUAGCAGAUGCAACGAUAGAGAAAGACGAGUCGCAUGCGGGUAAAGUAGUGGAGAGGCAUUGGUACGAGAAGAACAAGCAUAUAUUCCCUGCUUCCAGAUGGGAGAUAUACGACCCGACAAAGAAAUGGGAACGGUACACUGUCCAUGGAGAUUGAUAUUGGAGCAGAAGAUGCUUUUGAUGGAUCGCUUUGUUGACAUGAUUGAUCAGAUUUGGUGUAAUAGUAGUGGAAUGUUCAUGGCAUUCAUUUUUUAAUAUUUAUUCUUCUUCCCUUAAUCAUGUACCAUUUAGUAGUACACUCGUUUUUUUUUCUUUUCUUUUUCUUAAAAUCAUAGAAAUUUUGUGAUUUUUCAUGUCAUAUGAAAAUUUGGUGUGAGAUCUUCUGAUUAUAUAAUGAGAACAUACAAAUUAA